GUAACUUCAAGCAUUACAUCCGAACCCGAGAUCAAUACCCAUGGCUGCAUUCACCCCCACCCAGCUUUACGGUGGCACUUUAACGGCGGAACUCCCCGCAGGAUUCGGAGACGUCAGCGACAUCCGCCAAGUCCCCGACAACCAGGAAGUCUACCUCGAUGCCAACGGCUUCGCAAGCAUCGUCUUCGACAUCACGGAGCGGCUCGACCCGUCCCAGGCAAGCAACGAUGAAGAAGCGUUAAAAUUCCACUUCCACGACAUCGCGGGCGACACGAACGACGCGACAAGCUUCUGGCAGUCCGGCUCCGCGAAGUUCACCAAAAUGCCGAACUUCCCCGCGUACACACUCAUCGCCACUCAGCACCCGAACACCGCGGCGCGGGGGCCGCAGCCGGAUUUUAUUGGCAUCCUGCUAAUCCUGCUGCGCUUGGAGCAGAAGAAGACUGAUAUCGUUAUCACGAUUAAUGUGCCUCACGUGCCGGGCGAGUAUCCAAAGGAUGAGGUUGAUUUCGCUGCGGCGAAGCAGGGCCCGCUCAUGGAGCAUGCUAUUACGAUCAGACAGAAGAUAUUGGAGACCUUUGAAGUCAAGGACUGGAGUCUGUUUGUUGAUGAAGAGUAAGCGAAAAUGUGUAUACAGUUAAAUAGAUAAGAUGCCUAAACUGGAGCAAGGGCGCCUUUUGCAUCGAGAC